GUACGGAAGUUGGAGUUUCUUCUGGCUGAUGCACUGAACAAUAACUAUGACACCAUUUUUACAUGUGGUGGAGUGCAGUCAAAUCAUUGUAGAGCCACUGCAGUAGCAGCAAGACAGCUUGGCUUGGAUUGUUAUUUGUUUCUUAGAAGCUCUGAACAGGUCAGCUACACUGUAUGUUUUCUUGCAAUGUACAAAAUGAACACCUUUUUACAUCAGUCACCUUAACUUGAUGCCCUUGCUGUUUGAACCUAUCCACAUUAGCUCACAUAUAUAUUGCUAUGGGAACCAGAAAAACAUUCCUGGAGCAAGGGUUGAGAACCAAUAACAAAUUCAAUGCAAUGUAUGCAUUCACUUCCACAGUAUUCAAACCUGGGAUACAUUCACCUUGUUGGAAGGUGCAUGCUGUCACUCUCCCAAGUGCUAUUCCACCACCCUCUUUUUGCCAUCGAAUCAGACAUUAAUUAUUUUAUUAAACCCAUCAACAAUAGAUGAGCAUGGGAAAUGGUGCCUGAAGAAGGUGGAGCCACAAGACAAGCAGAGCUGGUUGUGCAGGGUAUCCAUGACAACCUGUGAGCGGGAACCACCAGGCACUGUCACACUAACACUAAAAUACUUACCACAUACUUAUCAUGCCAAGAGGGAUGGGCAGGAAAAGCCAGGCUGUAAAUAUCCGACCCCCUGCAUGCAAGCCCUGGCCACCCCACAUACCGAUCCUUGGGGGAAAUUUACUGGCCAACAUUGUUUCAUGUUUAACUUACGCUAAAUUACAUUUAUAGCCACAUUUAAAAGGUUAUAAUUUCUCAUUCCUCUACACAGCAGCCAUCUCAGAACUAGUGCACUCACAACAGCAAUCUACUGCACCAAAUAUUGUGCCUUGAGUGGGCUGAAUUCAUUUUUUGUUAUGUGUGUUGCCAGGAACAAAUAUUCUAACACAGUCAACUGGAGCACACUUUUCAAGACCUAUAUAAGAAGGACACCCACUGUUGGUGGCUUCCCUUGUUGUUUUCAGUCAUUUUCUGCAACUAAGCUCCCUCCCUAUACAUGUAUGUGACAGACACCUCUCUACAAGUCCCAUUAGUUGGUCCUGAUUCCCACUAUGUUUAUCUUAGAGAGAGUUAAUUGA